CUUAUCUCAAGCGGUGCGAGUGAGCAUAUAGGAGACCAACUAGACAUUACGCCCGCCGAUGCCAACACAUGACGGGCUGUCAGUCUGGUCCACCUGUGUAAUGACAUUCCUGUCUGUUUGGGAGAGAGAGAGCAUAAAUGUUGCGCCUGAAGGAAAGCACCAGUAAGGCCGGUUACCUCCGACUGGCAAUGGACAGCAACGCGGCGGCUGCCGGCGCGGAGUCAGUCGAGGUGCCGAGUACAUCGACGGCGGCGGCACCUCCGCCUGCUUUCCUGCAUCCCAGUUCGAGCAGCGAGCCAGCCAGGGCCGAGAGCGAGCGGCAUCUCUCCAAGUCGCCGCUCGCUCGAGUCAUGUUAGAGUCGGAGAGACCCAAAAUGGAGUUCAAACCGACACCACGACGCAGGAAUGGCAAAGCAGCCGAGAGUGAAGGGCGUUCAGGCAAUGCCACCUGUGAGCAGCACUCGUUCCUGACAGACGUUACGGAUGUGCGACAGAUGGAGCAGGGUCUGUUGCAGCUGCUGCAUGACUUCCACUCGGGAAAGCUGCAGGCGUUCGGUAAGGACUGUACUUUUGAGAAAAUGGAGCAUGUGCGAGAGCAGCAAGAGCGACUGGCCCGCCUCCAUUUCGAACUCAACGCGCAGCAAGAACACUGUGGUCCCGAAUCUGAGGAGGGACGGCAGCUGGCAAAGGACAACCUGACAAAGCUGAUUGAAAAUCUGCAACAUCUCAGCCAGUCCAUAGAGCAGCUGCAGUCACACACCCAGGGAGUGUAGACUGAUGUCUGACACUAGCUGGGGCGGAUGCAUCCCGCCCUUCUCAGCACAUCUGGCUGCCAGGUAUGGAAGGUUGCUCGGAGCUGGAGGAACGGCCUUAGACAAUGUUCUACUGUGUCAAAAUCGUUCUAUUUGGCUUGCAACAAAAUGCAUUUCUGUACUCUAUGGAAUGCAUUUGUCAUCGUAUCUGUGUUUUGAAUAAACACAAGCUGUAUUUAAGUA